CCUGCUGUGCUACGUUAGCCUGAGCAAUGGAACCCGCUACCGUUACUGAUUAUGCCACUUCCAGGAAUUAAGUCACAGCAAGUACAAUACACAGUUACAGAAACGGAACUCAUGCCUGUGAACAGGUGUCCCAUGAACGAGCUGUAAGAUGUCUGUGAUCCUGUUUGCCUCGGUGGUUCGGGUGAGGGACGGGCUGCCCCUCUCUGCCUCUACAGAUUAUGAGCAGGACAAGGGGCUGCAAGAAGCCAAAAAGCACCUUAAAAGCCUGUCCAAGAAGCUAAGUCAGUUUCCUGAUCGUUGCUCACUGAAGACAGGACAGUAUAAUGUCAAUUUCACCAGUUCUCUUGGAGUGGGCUACUUCAUGGUUUGCACAGAGAGCUACCCCAACGUCCUUGCCUUCUGUUUCUUGGAUGAACUGCAGAGAGAAUUCAUCGUCACGUAUGACACGAAGUGCAUUAACAGUGCUGUUCGCCCUUACUCAUUCAUUGAGUUUGACAACUUCAUCCAGAAGACCAAACAGCGGUACAACAGCCCACGCUCUCUCUCCACCAAGAUCAAUCUGGCCGACAUGCAGACCGAGAUCAAACUACGGCCCCCGUACCAGCUGUCCCCCGAGGACCUCGGCUCAAUCAACGGCUUCUCCCAUCACGCGCCGUCCAAAUACAAGGGCAUAGCACCCAAUCAGAUGCUGGAGCCAGUGACAUUGGCUGGCAUUGUUUCAUGUGUGCUGAGUUUGCUUUGUGGAGGACUCAAUCUGUUAAGGGGAGUUCAUGCCAUAGAGAGCGUAUUACAGAACGAGGAUGAGGACUUUAAUUACGUAAUUGCCUUUUUCCUGGGGACGGCCGCCUGUCUGUAUCAGUGUUACUUAUUUGCGUACUUCUCGGUAUGGAGGAACUUCAAGUCUUUCCUGGCUUUUGCCCUCAUCUGUUUGUGUAACAUGUACCUGUAUGAACUGCGUAACGUGUGGCAGAUUCUCUUCCACGUGACAGUGGGCGCUUUCAGCACUCUGCAGAUCCGACUACGGCAGCCUCAGGGCAAAGCCCCCGACUAUAACGUCUGACCGCAGACGGGGGAGAAUUUACGAAGGACAUCACCGGUGAUUGCCCUGAAUAGCCGACCCAUAAUCCGCACCUACGCCCUUCCCACAAAACUCUGAAUUCCAAUGAGGCUAAUUCUUGAACAGAACAAGCACGGUGUGUUCAUGGCAUGUACAAAGCUUUUAAAUGGAAGAGACGCCCGUCGACUGAUUCCGGUGUUGAGUGUUUGUGUGAUCAGGUGCAUCUCUUCAGAGCUGACAUUUAAAAGUAGGAAAAAAAAAAAGCAAAGUGAUUCUCUUAGUUCGCCAAGUUCAUUUGGGCAAACCUGAAGUUAUCUGUACAGUUCUUUCCAUUUCAGCAGCUGGUUGCCCAAAACCUUUUCAGAGGUGCAAAAAUUCUAAUAUAAUUGAGUUGGAUGGUAGCUAUUUAUUUGUAUACUAGUGUUAAUUUGCAUAUCAGUACAGUUGAUAUGUCGUUUUUUUUUUUUUAAACACUUCGACAAAAACUGAAAGUUGAAUAAGUCGGUUGUCCAUUGAGGUGUAUAAUAUGGCUAACCCGCCACAUCUCUGUAAAAAAAUGUUUUUUCUUUUCAUACGCACACACACAAACACACGUUCUCAGUCGUUGAUACUGUUGUACUUCUAGGUCUCUACCAUCAAUCAGAUGACAGUGCCCUUAAAGCACAAUCAGACAUACCAUUUAUGUCCUGAACAUUUUGUGUCAUAACCCAGCUGUCUCACAAGUCAGCGUGUUGCCUGUAGCUCUGCUCUACCCUGACGGAUAGCUUACCCUUCAGUCACUCUCAUGGCUAUGGAUCCACCAAUGGCAGAAUGACCUAUUUUUUCCUCCCAGAAAUCUAGGGCCUCUCAUUUGCUCUGCAUACAUCAGGAAUUUAUUAAGCGAUCUGGACACUGGACAUUUGAAUCAUUAUAAGACAGCUGCUUGUUCACCAGUUACAUAGACAAGUCGUUGCCAUUUUUGUUUCAAUUUUCUUUUACACGGUUUGCAUCCAGUUGUGUAGAAGCAAUUGUCUCUCAGAUGAAUGUUCAACACAUUGUGUUUGAAUCUGUAUUACAAUGAUGCUGUGUCCAUAAUCU